GGGACAGGCAUGUCACGUCAGGCUAAAUUCACCAAUCUGCGUGUAGAACAGAACAGCUCGAGCAGCGUUCGCAAACUUCCCAGGACCAGCCAGACGCUGAAUAGUGUGUCAGACAGUUCGGAUGAGUCUAGUUGGAGCGAUGGCGGUGCCGUACGGGUUGUUUUGAGGGAAGUUGCUGAAACGUUUGAUAUCUUUCGGAUCCUAGCGAAUCAUUUCAACGCAACAAAACGUUCCAUUGUUUGUUACACGACAAGACAUUAGCAGAAUGUAUGCUCCAAAUGUUCAAGUGUCAGUGCAGUCAAUGGGCUGACCUAACGUUAGCUAGCUACUAUAGUAGUAUAGCGAAUGGGUUAGCUAGCCAGCUAAAGGUUUUGGAGAGCGAUUCAACUAACGUUAGCUAAACUUGCCUGAAACUGAAAACUUAGCAAUAGCAUAGUUACCAACAAUAAUAUAGCUAAUCCUGAUGUUGAUGUAUGUUUCUGGUGUUUAACCCAAGUUUAUUUCGAUAAUGUGACUGCAGGUACUGUUUUGGCACUUGAUAAACGUCAGCCUGAAAAUUCAGGAGCUAACGUUUGCACGUUCAGCUAUGCCCUUUUUUGCUAGCUACUAAAUUAGGUAGCCGCUAACGUUAGCACAUUUAGCUAUGCACUUUUUGCUAGCUAUUAAGUUAAGUAGAUGUAAUGGGCUUAUUUUUCACUCUGUCCGUGUUGGGACUGGGUAAACUUUCAUGUACACUUUCUGAUAAGUAGCUCGUUAGCUACAUAAAUAUGCAUUGCUUUUUCCAACUAGCGUAACUUUAUCAAAAGUUGACCCACAAAGAAACUCCCUGUGGCAACGCGGAGAGAUGAAAGUAGCAAACGCGUUUUACCAGGACUUUGGAAUACCAUGCUGGAACCGUCUUGCCCAUUUGUGAUAUCGUUCUGAACGAUUCACGAGCAUUCCAGUUAGAGGUCCUUUGAUCGUUUGCUUUUUCGUCAACAGUUUGCACCCUAUAUGGUACGGCUACAGCCACCGAGAAAUGGAUAUUUCCAAGGGCGGUUUCCCAAACGGCGAGGGGCAACCGAAAGACACGGGAGAGCAUGCCUGGACAGAUUCCCCCACUGCAAGAGCUUGGGCUCAUUCCGCUCCCCUGUCCAGAUCGCUGUGGACGGCAGUGUUUGACUAUGGAAGUACUGGAGAAGACGAACUUAGUCUGCGGCGGGGGGACGUGGUUGAGGUCCUCUCGAAGGAUGCUGCGAUCUCGGGAGAUGAAGGAUGGUGGACGGGUAAAAUUAACCAUCGAGUCGGGAUUUUCCCUGCAAAUUAUGUUACCUAUCAACCUGCCAUUUACAGACUUCCAGGCGGUAGCACGGUAGGGGUGAGGGAGCGUCCGAGUACUCCCAUCCAAAUAGAUUUUAGCGAACUCGUUUUAGAGGAAGUAAUCGGUGUCGGGGGAUUUGGUAAAGUUUACCGAGGGGCAUGGAAAGACCAAGAGGUCGCUGUGAAGGCAGCGCGACAGGAUCCUGACGAAGACAUCACUGCAACUUCGGAUGGUGUUAAGCAAGAGGCCAAGCUCUUCUCUAUGCUACAACAUCCCAAUAUAAUAAAACUUGAAGGUGUUUGUCUUGAGGAGCCAAACCUGUGCUUGGUGAUGGAAUAUGCUCGUGGAGGGACUCUUACCCGGGCUUUGACUGGUCGGAGGAUACCCCCACACAUUCUUGUCAACUGGGCUGUUCAAAUCGCCAGGGGCAUGCACUACCUACACGAGGAGGCUGUUGUGCCUAUUAUUCACCGUGACCUGAAAUCCUGCAACAUUUUAUUACUUGAAAAAAUUGAGAACGAUGACAUUGGAAGGAAGACCUUGAAGAUCACAGACUUUGGCCUGGCCAGAGAGUGGCACAACACCACCAAGAUGAGUGCUGCUGGCACGUACUCAUGGAUGGCCCCUGAAGUCAUCAAGUCCUCUCUCUUCUCCAAAGGCAGCGAUGUCUGGAGUUAUGGUGUUCUUUUAUGGGAGCUGCUGACAGGAGAGGUGCCUUACCGUGGGAUUGAUGGGCUGGCUGUGGCCUAUGGUGUGGCUGUCAACAAGUUAACCCUCCCUAUUCCAUCCACCUGCCCAGAACCCUUCUCCAAGCUCAUGGAAGAGUGCUGGGAGCAGGACCCCCACAUCCGGCCGUCGUUUGCCUCCAUCCUGGAGCAGCUAACAGCCAUAGAGGAAGCAGUGAUGGCCACCAUGCCCCAGGACUCCUUCCACUCCAUGCAGGAGAACUGGAGGGUGGAGAUCCAUGAGAUGUUUGAUGAGCUCAGAACAAAAGAGAAGGAGCUGCGUUCACGGGAGGAGGAACUGACACGUGCGGCUUUGCAGCAGAAGUCCCACGAGGAGCUGCUGAAGAGGAGGGAGCAGCAGCUGGCGGAGCGGGAGAUCAAUGUGUUGGAGAGGGAACUCAACAUCCUCAUCCUUCAGCUCAACAAGGACAAGCCCAACGUCAAGAAGAGGAAGGGCAAGUUCAAACGCAGCCGCCUCAAACUCAAGGACGGCAACCGCAUCAGCCUGCCCUCAGAUUUCCAGCACAAGAUCACGGUGCAGGCGUCACCCUCCAUGGACAGUAGGAGUCUGAACACCAGCCCCCCCAGCAGCCCUACACUCAUACCCCGCCUCCGGGCAAUCCAGUUGACUCUGGACGAGAGCAACAGGACAUGGGGACGAAGCACCAUCUACAAGCCGGAGGAGUUUGAUGACGUCAAGAAGGGGAUUAAGAAGAAGGGGCGAACGUGGGGACCGAGCUCCGUUCAGACCAAGGAGCGGGGAAAUUGUGCUGAAAGAGUGAGGCCACUGUCUGAUGGAAACAACCCCUGGUCCACCAGUCUGGGGAAGUCCGUUCCGUUGGCUGCGUUGUUUGCAGAGCAGCAAGCUUGUCUCUGUCCUCGUCCUUCAUGUUCAGGGACCAGUAAAGAAGAGAUGUGCUCGCCAGAUGGAUCGGACAACACCAAACCAAAGCAACUGAAGUUCCCCAAUCAGGUGUACAUCGAUCUACCUCUGUGGAAAGAUGAGAAGCAGCAGGGGGGCGAGGGGACGGCAGGAAGCUGCCCUGGGGAAAGCCUGGAGGACUCCAGUACCACCUCAGCCAGCUCCACCAGCACCACCCCCCAGCACACCCCCACCAACAGCCUGAAGAGGACCUCCGCUCGCCGCCGGACAGACGCCGUACUCUACGGCUGUGCCUCUAUGCUGGCCUCGGUAGCAUUGGGCUUUGACCUGCGUAACGUGCUCAAUGCCCCACCGGCAGAUGACCCUGAGCCUCAGCCCAGUGUGGAGAAGAAAAAGAAAGAGGGUCUGUUCCAGCGCGCCACACGCUUCCCUGGUGGACGUUCUUCCCAUAAGGAGGAGGCAGCCUCCCAAGGCCCCAUCAACCUCAUCUCCAUGUCUUCCAUCUCAGAGUAUAACUCCACCAAGAGCCUCCUGCGGUCAGCCUCGGAGGGGCCAGAGCCCAGCCCUGUGAAGGAAGUGGCCCCUAUCAGCCUGUCGCACCCCACGCCACAGCCCAGAAGUGGCUCCCAGCCCCAGGUUCCAGAGGCGCCCGGCCGCAGGACUCCGGCCUCCCCCUUCCCCCAGCCUGCUGCCCCAGAGAAGACUCACAGUCAAAGCAUGGGCUCUCACCUCCGGAGGAAGAAGUCGGCCAUCGUUCAGGACACUAACGGUACAUCUGGCUCUCUCACAACUUCAUCGGGACUGUCUUCCACCACAACCUCUCAGAAGAAGAAGUCUGACAGGGAGGACACCCCUAAGAGAGCAGCCCGUGGGGAGACUGUCACCUCCAGGUCCCGGCCUUUGUCGCUCCGGGGCAAACCCCACUCCUGGGGUCUCCUGAGGGGCCGCAACAAAAGCUACUCCCUGGGCCACUAUUCUGGAGAGAAGAGUGCCAGGAGCCUCAACAUCGUCCUCUCCUCCGCCGAGGUCAAGAUGGACUGCUCCCUGCUGGAUAUGGACACGGAGGGGCAGAAACGUGACUGCACCGUGCCCCUCUGCCGAAUUCAGAGCGGCCCCAGUCGCCCCUCCGUCUUCGAACUAGAGAAAAAAUGAUUGUCAUAGCAGAAAUAAGCUGCCUUAUUACCAGGAUCCAAUCUCUAAGUAACGUUUAUGAGUUGGAUCAACAAGUCUUAUUUGACAUUCCAGGGCAUUCCACUGCCCUCCUGUGGUUUUUACCUGAAUGUAGGCCACUGCUGCUGAACAGUUUAUUUAUUCUGUAAUAUUUUGAUAGGUAAUUUAAUAUUGGAAAAACAUGUUUCAAUAGCAUCAGGUUGAUUGAACAACGAAGGAACACAUUUCAUUUUUUGUUGUUGCAGAAAUGUUUACAUUUUUGUGCGCACAUACUGGUUAGGACCAUGGCAUCUUAAGUUACAAAAUGAUGCUUAUGUUAAAAUGUUAAUUUGCUUUUGUCUGUGGAUCUUUUAUUCUCCGUUUUGAUUUAAUGCUGGUAAUUAUUUUGUAUUGUAUUGAUUUUGUUUUUAUAUUGACAGAUACAACAGUGUUUAUUUUA